AUGUCCAACCAGCAAGUUGGUCCGGUGUUCGAGCGGGUGAUCCAGGAGGUCUGUGACGCCUCUCAGGUCGACUUCGAAGAAAGUGGUGUCGACCAAAAGACACUGCUUGAUAUGCGUGAGUCUGUCCCGACACCAUCAGCACCGGUGCAUGCUCCCGUUUCAGCGCCUGGGCAAAUGCCCUCGGUCGCGGCAGCCCAAAGCCAGCCGCGCAUUAAGACUGAGCCCGGCACCUCCCAACCCGCAAUGCCUCCCAUGAACCCCAUGCAGAUGAACACUAAUCCACAUGCCGCUCGUGAUCGUGCUAUUAGCAAUAUACAGCAGAAAUAUGGCCCAAGUGCAGCCCACUCGGUUAGUCAACUUCAGGCUCAAGGUCAGCAUGGAUAUUCUCCGGUUGUGAACAACCCUGCCCACGGCCAUAUGCCACAUAUCAAAAACGAGCCUGGAUAUUCACCACUUGGAAACGGUCAAACUGAUGGCGGCCGGGAUGAUCCUUUAUCAGACUGGAAGGCCGAGGUGGCUCGUCGCCGCGAGGCAGCCCAGAAUGGCGAAGGUGAUCGUAUGCUUCGCGAAUAUCUCAACCAGAACAUGGUCAGCUUGGAAGGUGGUGGUCUUCUCCGUCCCAUGAGUGAACACAGCAAACCUUCUGCGGCUUCACGUCGAGCGGCCCGUGCCGCAGAACAUGCCGAUCCUCGGACGAGUUCCACUGCGCCCCGGAUUCCUGGCCAGUUCGACGGCCCUGAAGAAGAAGACGAAGAUGCGAUCAAUUCUGAUUUGGAUGACCCCGACGACCUGGCCGGAGACGACCAGGAUGCUGAAGAGGGGUGA